AUGGCUGUGGGUGCGGCAGAGCCUGUUCUCUCAGCAGAUGAGCCCAUCUCCCCCAAGAAGCCGAAGAGUGUCCCUGAGCCAGAGCCCGGUGAUACAGAAGGUGGAGCCAUCUCUCCCCUGCCCUCCGAGUGGACCUCUGUGAGGAUCAGCCCUGGGGAGGACGGGGUUGGGCAGGACGUGUUGGCUGUUCGUGUCCUGGUCACCAACGAGGACAGCAGCUCCGAUGCAGAAUCUGACUAUGGCAGCAGCGAGGCCUCCAGUGCAAAGCCCUGUGAAGCGAGAGCCUGGCAGCCAGAAUCCCCACCUCUACCCAAGCCCCUCACCCGGCACAUCUCCUUGAGGGAGCCUCUGACCAGGGCAAACUCUCUGCAGUGCCUGGAGGAGCUGCAAGCUGCACACGCUUUGCAACGGGCCAAUAGCUUCCAGGCUCCAACUCCAAGCAAACACCAGAACUGGAGAAAAAGAUUCCAGUCCAAUUUGCCGCCAGUGAACAAAAGAACCCCAUCAUCUCCAAAAGAGCCUUCUCCUCUUCCUCUUUCUUCCUGGUCUUCUCCUUCAUCUUCCCCACCAUCUUCUUCUUCUUCAGCCAGUGUCCCUGGGCAUACCCAAGAUGACUCCUCUCCAUCUCAGGUGGCAGCUUACAGUCCCCAUUCACAGGCCUCCAGAGGUCCCUCCAGUCCAUCUACCCCAAUCUUUCUGAGACGAGCCAGAGCCCAAGGAACACCCAUGGAAACUCCCCUCUAUCUGCCUCAUGGUACCGUGCUGGAGCGGGCAGAAUACUGCCUGGUGAGCCCCGGAGGAGACAGUGUCACAAGCCCUGUGGAGAUGGCUUCUGAGGACUGUGAGGAAGCAGAGGCCCCUCUUGGAGGUACCAAGAGCCUCCACAAAGACCCAUACCCCAUUGGGCAGAAAGACAGGUGCCUCACACAUCAAGAGCAAUCUCUCGUGGAUGGAAGAGAACCAAGAGAGGAGAGUAUCAGACCCAGGAGGCAGCAGGAGGGCAGGUCAGAGCUGGCAGAGGAGAGGAAGUUGGGCUUGAAGAAGUUAGUCCUCACUCAGGAACAGAAGACCAUGCUGCUGGAUUGGAAUGACUCCAUCCCUGAGAGUGUGCACCUCAGGGCUGAGGAACCACGUUCCCAGGACAGUCCUGGGGGUGAUAGACCAGGCCGAGUGCUGAAGCCAGUCCACCCCUUGACCCUCCCUCGGGCAUGGAAACAGACGCUGCCAGCCCAGAGAGAGGCCCAGGAGGAGACACAGGCCCCAGCUGUACGGACUCCAGCAGAGCAAGGUGCCCCACCUAAGUCGCCCCUGCGGCUCAUAGCCAAUGCCCUCCGAAAGUCCCUGGGAAACUUCUUUCCCAACUCCGAAGGUGGAAAGAAGGCCUGGGCCAAGUCAGAAUCCAAAACUUUGCCCACAGAUCAGCCACACACCUGUACUCGCUCAUUCAGCCUUCGGAAAACCAGUUCCCACAAGGAGGGGGACCAGCAGUCCAGUGGGACACAUGUGGCAAGCAGGGCCUCUGCUUUCUUGUCCCUGGGUUCCCAGGCUGCUCAGUUCUCGAGGCUUAACCCUUCUGACCCUGCCCUCCGCACCCAUAGUUUGCCCAAUCGGCCAUCAAAGAGAUUUCCUGCACUAGCGUCCCCACCCUGCAGCAAGAUGGAAGAUGUCCCCAUACUCCUAGAGAAAGUGAGUUUGCAAGAGACCUUACCAGAUGCUGCUAGGGUUCCAAAGAAAGGAGCCUCACUUUUUUCCUCCCUCAAAUUCAAAGACAAAUCUUUUGAAAGUUUCCUUCAAGAAUCUAAACAGAGGAAGGACAUCAGGGACCUCUUUAGCAGCCCUGAUGGGAAGGUGCUGCGCAGGGACAAUGUCCUAUCCCUGGAGAAGCUGGCACAGCCUUUCAGAAGCACCUCCCUGGAACAGGUGGCCCGUCUUCCUUCUCCAGGAGGAGAUGCAAAGGCUGCCUCUCCAUCUUCCUCGGCCACCUCCUCCUCUUCAGCAGAUGAAGAAUUCGAUUCCCCUUUUUCCUGGAGGUCAAAGGAAGAGAAGAUACUCAGAAGAAGGAGGAAACUGGAAAAAGCAACAAGGCAAUUGGUUAAGCAAGAAGAGUUGAAAAGACUUUAUAAAGCUCAGGCCAUCCAGAGGCAGCUGGAGGAGGUGGAAGAGCGGCAGAGGGCUUCCGAGAUCCAGGGCGUGAGGCUGGAGAAGGCCCUGCGAGGAGAAGCAGAUUCAGGGACACAGGAUGAAGCACAGCUUUUGCAGGAAUGGUUUAAGCUGGUUCUGGAGAAGAAUAAAUUAAUGCGAUAUGAGUCGGAGCUGCUGAUCAUGGCCCAAGAACUGGAAUUAGAAGAUCACCAAAGCAGACUGGAGCAGAAACUAAGAGAGAAAAUGUUCAAGGAGGAGAGCCAGAAAGAUGAGAAUGAUCGCAAUGAGGAACAAAAAAUACUCACCGAGAUGAUGCAAGUGAUUGAGCAAAGGGACAAACUCGUGGACUCCUUAGAGGAACAGCGUGUCAAAGAGAAGGCGGAAGACCAGCACUUUGAAAGCUUCAUCUCCUCCAGGGGCUGUCUGCUGAGCAGGACAUGA